CGGUCCUUCUCCCUCUAGAUGUGUGUCUCCUCCAUCUCUGCAUGUCUCUGUGUCUAUUUCUGUAUCUCUGUCUCACUGUCUCUCUCUGUUUGCCCCUGUCUCAGUCUCUUGAUGAACUCUCAGUCUCUACGGAUCUGUCUGCUUCCAUCUCCACGUCUCCCCGUCUCUGAGCAUCUCUUUGCCCUUUGCCUUCCAGUUUCUGUCUCUCUCCGUAUUCCUCGUCUCUCUCCAUAUUCCUCUGUCUCUGUCUCUUUGUAUCUGAGACCCCUUUCUGGCAACUUCACCCCGUCGUCGUCAUCACAGUCGAAAUCCUCGCAAAUCCCAGAGCUUUCGCCUGGGCUGAGGAACUUGGGUAGGGGGUAGUAGGGUUGCCACCUGGGGCAGGUGGGCUCUAAGUGACCCUGUGACCCCGGCUCCGCCUUAACAGAGUCACCCCACUGCUUUAGAGGUCGCACCCACCCCACCCUCCAAUUUCAGGAAUUCCUGGCUGGGGGGUGAACUUCCUCCCCCACUUCCUCCCUUCCAGGAUUUGGCUGGGUUACCCGUUAACUCCUUCCUGCCUUGGCUUCAUCCCCACCUCCAUGAACUGGACACCCGUACCCUAACCCCCAGCCAAGAUGAAGAACAGCUCUGGAAUUUCUGUGACGUGUUGGUUGUGGGGCACUGGAAAGUCAGCUUUGAACUGUGAGGUGGAGCCGCCUCGUCCCAACUGCUCAGUCCCCACCAGGACCAAGCUGGAGCCCCUCCCUUGGCCCCUUUAAAUUCCCUGUAUUGUUAACCGUGCUCUUAUCCAGUCCUUACUCACCUCCUUCCUGUUUCUUAAAAAUCCUUCCCACGUUGCCCAGGCUGAGCUCUCCCUGUCUUUCAUCCCUCACAGGACCCCUCCUUUUCCGUAAUUUUCUCCUCAUUGGUUACCUAACUUAUUUCCUUAUUUCUUACUGGGGUCCUAGGAAAUGCCAGCACUCCCACUCACCUUGCCUGGUCUUUUCAAUACUCCCUGACUGUAGCUGGUCCUAUCUCAACACUAUCCCAUAUAUUUCCUGUGUCUUCUAGAGCAUUCCACCCCACCAUUACUUCAGCAUGGCCACACUUACUUUCUACAUCCUCCACAAGUAUCUCCCUCUCACCACUGCCCACUGAUGCCUUCAUCCUCUCUAUAAACCCCCCGCCCCGGCCAAUUUUGUAUUACCCCAAUAUUCCCCCAUUUAUGCUCUGAUUUGAUCUAUAAACACCUCCUUGAUGAAGCUCUUUGUUAAUCCUGCCAUCCCGCAAAUCUCCCUCCUGUCGUAAUUCUAUCCCUCUUCCAACUUCUCCCUCUCAAGCUCCAUCCUUCUUUGCCCAGCCUGGCCCACGAUUCACAGUCAACCUCAUUUCUUCCCCCUGGACUCCCUCCCACCAUGUUCCCCUGAGCCUCCAAGGAGGGGGCCCAGGGGGCCUGAUGGCCUUCUGUCCCCUGUGGCCCCACAGCCCUUGUGGGCCAGGGGAAGCACCUCGAAAUCCCCAGUGUCGAGGAUGGGCAACCGCACGUGGGAGGGCUGCCAUGUGGACUCCCGCGUGGACCACCUCUUCCCGCCCUCCCUGUACAUCUUCGUCAUCGGCGUGGGGCUGCCCACCAACUGCCUGGCCCUGUGGGCCGCCUACCGCCAGGUGCGGCAACGCAACGAGUUGGGUGUGUACCUGAUGAACCUCAGCAUCGCCGACCUGCUGUACAUCUGCACGCUGCCGCUCUGGGUUGAUUACUUCCUGCAUCACGACAACUGGAUCCACGGCCCUGGCUCCUGCAAGCUCUUCGGGUUCAUCUUUUAUACCAACAUCUACAUCAGCAUCGCCUUCCUGUGCUGCAUCUCGGUGGACCGCUACCUGGCUGUGGCCCACCCACUGCGGUUCACCCGCCUGCGCCGUGUCAAGAUGGCUGUGGCUGUGAGCUCUGUGGUCUGGGCCACAGAGCUGGGCGCCAACUCGGUGCCCUUGUUCCAUGAUGAGCUUUUCCGCGACCGUUACAAUCACACCUUCUGCUUUGAGAAAUUCCCCAUGGAGGGCUGGGUGGCCUGGAUGAACCUCUACCGGGUCUUCGUGGGCUUCCUCUUCCCAUGGGCCCUUAUGCUGCUGUCCUACUGUGGCAUCCUGCGGGCUGUGCGGGGCAGCGUGUCCACCGAGCGCCAGGAGAAGGCCAAGAUCAAGAGGCUGGCCCUCAGCCUCAUCGCCAUCGUGCUGGUCUGCUUUGCGCCCUACCACGUGCUGCUGCUCUCCCGCAGUGCUGUCUACCUGGGCCGCCCCUGGGACUGUGGCUUCGAGGAACGUGUCUUCUCAGCAUACCACAGCUCACUGGCCUUCACCAGCCUCAACUGUGUGGCUGACCCCAUCCUCUACUGCCUCGUCAACGAGGGCGCCCGCAGUGACGUGGCCAAGGCCCUGCAUAACCUGCUCCGUUUCCUGGCCAGUGACAAGCCCCAGGAGAUGGCCAAUGCCUCGCUCACCCUGGACACCCCGCUCACUUCCAAGAGGAACAGCAUGGCCAAGGUCAUGGCAGCCAACUCGGUGGCAGCUCCACCCUCCCAGAGGGACCAGGUGCAGCUGAAGAUGCUGCCACCAGUACAGUGAACCUCAAAUCGUGCAGAGGCCCCACUCCUCUGGUCUUAUCCCACACUCCUCCCCUUUUGGUCUGGUGUAUGCAAAUUGUAUGUAAAUAAGACUGUGUUAAUAUUCAUAAGAAUAUAAGAACAUAGGAAAACAGUGAG